AUGGCAUCAAAAAAGGAGCGCAAUACAGCGGGGAACACCCAUGCCACCAAUCCUGUACCAUCAACAUUCUCUUUGCAGAGGUUUUUCUCAGAACAAAAGGAGCCAGAGCGGCGGAGCAAAAUGGCGCCUCAGGCAAGAGCACGAGGCAGCCCGCCUUCAAGUCCAUCAGCAUCAGAGUGCUCCACGGAGGACACAGAUCUCAGAUCCCUAUUAACACAGCUCCCAUCUAAAACAGACUUUGUAGCCAUGUUCAAGAGACUGGAAGAGAGCUUUAGCGAAAAAUUACAGGUGGUCAGCUCUGAAGUCCAGCAAUUAGGCGCUAGGGUACAGGCCCUGGAGGACGAUGGAGAGGCUGCUGAGCAGUAA